AUGACACCGAAUGAAGAUGUGAAACAAAUAGUUCAAGAUACGUUACCUCAAACACACUAUGACAUCAAAGGUUGCACAAUACUUACAUUCAAAGAAGACUUAACAUUACUGAAAGAAAAGAUAACAGAAUAUUUCGACAACUUCAAAGAGGAAGAAUGA